AUGAGGAGAUAUUUAGUGCUUAAAAGGAUUCCUUUGCCAUGGUUGAGGAGGGACACCACGCAAACUGAGUCCAGUCCGCUCAUACCGAAGGCGAGCUCUGCUAAAGAGGAUGCCAAGGAGCUCACCACUGACUUUCACCAAGCAGGGUCCAACGAUGGACAGGACAACAGCCUGUUCACAAGCGUCCCACCCCUAUACAGAUAUUCUUGGAUGGACUAUUUCCUAAAAUACUUCCUGUUUGUAUGCAAUCUGGUGUUCACAGUUCUGGGCCUGGUGGUUCUUGGUGUGGGGAUGUGGGGCCUCAUCAGUAAAGAGUCCUUUGCUCAGGAGAAGAUCGGCAGUAUCGGCACUGACCCGAUGCUGAUACUUGUGACUCUGGGCUUUGUGCUGACGGUGCUCUGCCUAUCAGGCUGCGUAGGCGCCUUAAGAGAGAACUGCUCUUUACUGAAGUUGUUUUCUGCCGCGGUGCUGGCACUCAUCACCGCUCAGGUGCUGGCUGCCAUUAUGGCCUACAGCAUGCAAGAUCAGAUUGGAGACUACCUGCGGUCAGGGAUGUUAGCAGCCAUGGUGCGCUACCAGGAUGAUCUGGAUCUGAGGUUCAUCACAGACGAGAUUCAGUCCAAUCUGCAGUGCUGUGGGGCUGACAACUACCGUGACUGGGAGCUCAACAUAUAUUACAACUGCUCAGCUCCAGGCGUGCUGGCCUGUGGCGUCCCCGCGACAUGCUGUGUGGACCCUCUGGAGAACGGCACAGUGUGGAACUCUCAGUGUGGUGUCCAAGCCCAGCUGCUGGAUGAGUUUACUGCACAGAGCGUGAUCUUCCUGGGCGGUUGUCUGGGGGGAAUCUCACGUUGGAUCGAGCAGCACGAGGGCCUGAUUGGGACGGUUUUAAUUGUUGUUCUCGGUGUCCAGAUACUGACUCUGUUUAUCACUACACGACUGUUGGAAAGCAUCCAGUGGCAUAAAGUUUACAUGUAA